UGUGUGUGCAAAAGACUCGAAAUGAAUAGAGGGACAUUGUCUCAAACGGCGAGGAAUCCGACGCUCUGUGUGGUUGCAGUCCGAGGUGAGAUUUCAGUGUCUAUUUAGCGUUUAACUGUGUAUCAAAUCUGAUCGCUCUCCCUCUAAGGCCCCCUGUGUAGUCGUGAUGUAGUUCUUAUCAAAGCCCUCCUGUCUUGUUGUGACAGCUCUGAUAUUGUUUAUUGAGGUGGAUGUCAGGUUUAAUUAGCAAUCGAUAUGGAAAGCGUUUUCAGACUACGUCUCUGACGUCAGCGCCGAUUAACGCUUCUCAUUGGUCUCAAAUUCCCAGAGCCUAAGCUAAUUAUUGGAAGCUUCGUGUUGAUAAAGAACAGCUCAUCCUACUCUCCACAUCAUGUCCCCUCCUCGCUGGCCACUCUCGCUGCAUGUUUUUUAAAUUCACAUCACCAACCACCAGACGUCGUUUCCUUUUGCCUGGGAGAUGAUGGACAGCAGGAUACUGGAUCCACCUCAUGCCCAGUUCGGAGGCUCGCUCGGUGGGAUGGUGGGCUUCCCGUACCAUCUAAGCCACCAUCAUGUGUACGAAUUAGCCGGUCAUCAACUUCAAUCCACGGCCGCGGUUCCUUUCUCAAUAGACGGAUUACUUAACGGCUCGUGCGCGGCUUCUGUGGUGAAUUCUAACCAUCUCUUGUCGUCUGGCUGCGGAAUGAAUGGAGAUAACCAACAGUACAAACUGACAGAUUCGGGGGAUCCAGAGAAGGAUAGCCCGGGUUGUAAAAGAAGACGAACUCGUACCAAUUUCACUGGAUGGCAGCUGGAAGAAUUAGAGAAGGCUUUUAAUGAAAGUCACUAUCCAGAUGUGUUCAUGAGGGAAGCACUUGCUCUGAGAUUGGAUUUGAUAGAAUCGAGGGUGCAGGUAUGGUUUCAAAACCGGAGAGCGAAAUGGAGAAAAAAGGAGAACACGAAGAAAGGGCCGGGCCGACCAGCACACAACUCUCAUCCGACGACCUGCAGUGGCGAGCCAAUGGACCCAGAGGAAAUUGCUCGGAGAGAACUAGAGAGGAUGGAGAAGAAGAAAAGGAAACAAGAAAGAAGGCUUUUAAAGUCCCAGAACAAACUCAUUUCCGGGGACUUAUUUCACACCCCAGGAUCUGACAGUGACAGUGGCUUGUCACAAGUAACGGACAGUGAACAAAGCAUUUGCGACGUGGGCCGAAACCAAACGCAACCAAGCUGCGACCAAACUCCACAGAAACUCCAGAACCAAAGAAACGCAGACCAAGACGCGAGUGGAUCCGAGCUGGACUCAUCCGACAGCGGUCAGCAGUCAAACCUGUGCGCCAACAGCAGGUCUUCCACUCUUCAAAAACUCAAUCCCUUUAGCGUGGAAAGCCUUCUGUCGGACUCCAGGCCAAGGCGCAAGCCGCCAAUGGACUUCCCACUACCGACACCACGGCCUUUGAUAGGGAAAGGACAUUUUUUACUGUACCCUAUUACACAACCUCUCGGUUUCAUUGUUCCACAGACUGCUCUGAAGAGCACAGCACCAGGCCCCGAUGCCGAAAAUGGCCAGAAAGGGCCAAUUACUGACAGUUCAUUUGCUGGAAACCUAGGACACAGGAACGGCAAGGACAACAGUGUAAACAACAGCGGCGCGCGAGCAAUCAAAGGCCAGGUCAGUCAGUCGGGCAACAUGUCGUGUUCACCACAGAGCACUUCACCACAGACUACCAUUAACGGUCACUCGACGGGCAGCUGUAACGAAAGAUGCCCACAAGACAUAGAGUUAGACCUUGUCGAUCCAAAGUCUCCACAGUCGGAAAAAAAGGAGCAGUCGUUACCUGACUAUCCACCACAAAAUUCAGAAUCAGCGACAGCCAACAAGGACACCGACAAAGACUCAGUCGACGUCGAUAUGGAAUAAAUGAAAUCAUAAUAGAAACUGAGGAGUGUGUCGAUAUCGCACGACACUUCUCCGCAGAUUAAACGAAGAGGAAAAAAGUCGGCAUAUCGAAACGUAUCGUUUUCAUUGACAUAUUUAUAUUCUGAUUAGGGGAAAUAUCUGUGUGAAUAAUUUGUGUAUGUGGUGGGCUAUCAAAAUGUUUAUUUAACAAAUAGCAGCAGCUCCCUGUGUAAGAAACUGUAAACAAAAAAACAAACAAACAAAAAAAAAACACCAAGACAAAACCUCAAAC